AUGACAAUGGAUAGCGGAGGAGUUAAUCAGAUUAUAAACGCUCUUGAAAUAGUCUACGAUUCAAAAUCAACCAAUUUUCAAAGACGACAAGCUCAAGAUUUUCUUGAAACAGUUAAAGCUAAUGAUGAAUCACCAUUUUGGGGAUAUCAAUUAUCAUUACCGGAAAAUUAUGGUAAAAAUUAUAUAGUUCGUCAUUUUGGUCUUUCAUUGUUACAAAAUUCAAUUAAAUUUAAAUAUCAUACUUUUGAUAAAACAAAAUCUUUAGCCAUUAGAAAUUGGAUUAUUGAUUUAUCAAAUAAAAUUUUAGUUGAUGAUCCUCAUUAUAUUAAAGAAAAAUUGGCAUUUCUUUGGGUUUCAAUUGCAAAAAGAAUUUGGGGUUGUUAUUUAAUAAAAUCUUAUUCAAAAAAUACAAACACAUCAUCAUCAUCUAGUAUAAUACCACCUCCAUCCCAAUUACAAUCUCAAAUUAAUUCUACUACUAAUCCCAAUGAUUCAUCUAAAUCAACUCCAACUGCUUCUGAUUUAGAAGAUGGUUGGGCAAAUAUGGAUCAUGAAUUAUGGAAAUUAUGGACUAAUAAUUUCGCUAGUCGUGAAUUAUCCAUCAUAAUUAUUCGUACUUUAUUUGAAGAUAUUUAUUUAUUAGAUGAUCCAAUUGCAUCAAAAAGAACCAUUUUAUUAAAUCAAUUAAGUGUAUUAAUUGUAACUCCGGCUAAUAUCAUUGAUUCAAUUUAUGAACAUAAUCCAAAUGUUUUAAUUUGUAAAGCUAUUCCUCAAGGUUGGUUUACAAUUUGGAGUAAAUUUUUAAUUGAAAUUUUAUCAAAUAAUGAUGUUAAAAGUAAUACUUGUCAAAUAUUCGUUCCAAAAAUUUUAUCAACUUUUAAAACUUGUUUACAUUGGGUUCAACCUGCAGUUUUAAGAAAUGAAAAUAUAAUGCAAACUUUAAUUAAUAUUUUAACUUUACCUGAUAUAAAAUUAAAAACUUUAGCAGUGGAUUGUUUACAUAUUUUAUUUACAAGAAAUUAUUUAAAUCCUGAAGAUUUUGAUUUCUUUAUUGGAUCAAUUUUUUCAACUGAAGGUAUUUCUAAAUUAAAUGAAUUUUAUGUUUCAUUAGAAUUAGAUCCCGAUGAUAUUGAUGAACAAUUAUAUUCAUUAUUAAAGAAAACAGUUGAAAUGAUUGUAUCAUUAAGUGAAUAUCUUAAUAUAUCUUCCAAAAAUAAAGUUUCUUGGGAAAGUUCUGAUGUUGAUUCAUAUUUAAGAUUAGUUUUAACUACUACUAAUCAUCCAAGCUUAAUUAUAAGUGGAUUAUCUUUACAAAUGUGGGUUACCAUUUUAAGAUUUGAUGAAUUAAGUUCAAAACCAGCUAUUAUUAAAAUAUUAUUAGAUUUAUUAGAAAUUGCUGCUAAUAGAACUAUUAAUUAUACUUUUGAUGAAGAAAAUAUUUCUAAAAAAUUCCUUGAUAUUGAUUUUGAUAGUCCUCCAGAUGCAAUUUCAUUUUUAUCAAAUUAUAAAAAAUUUAAUGAAGAUAUUGUUAGAAUUACAAUUUGUAAAAAACCAGAAGAAGGGUUAAGAUGGUUAGAAAAUCGUUUAGAAUUGUUUUUCAGUUCUGAAUUAGGUAAUCAAUGUAUUACUCAAUAUAAAUUAGAUGAAAAAUCAAAUUCAUUUAAUUAUGGUACUUCUCAAUUUAAUAUUAUUGAAAAUUGUAUACGAGGUAUAUCAAGAUGGAGAAUUUGGUAUAAUGGAGAUGAUUUUGAAUUGGUUAAUGAUCAAUUAAAUAAAUUAGUUGAAGGAUUAGGUGAAAGAUUAUUAGCUAUGAAUUUAGCUUCACCUUUAUUAAUUCGAAAACAAGUUCAAACUUUAGUUCAAUUUGCUCCAUUAUUAAAAGAUGUUAGUCCUUUAAUGUUUCAAGUUUUAGAAAAGAUUUUAACUACUGCUACAUUUGAAUAUCCUGGUAAUAUAAGUGAUGAAGAAAAGGAAUUAAUUCGUGAUUUAAGAACUAGUUGUGGUACAGAAUUAAAUCGUUUAGCUUAUAUUAUGCCCGAAUCAUUAAAGAAAAUAUUUAAUGAUUUAGAAAAUGUUGUGGCAAAUAUCUUAUCUUCUAAAAAAGUUACUGAUCAUGAAAAUGUGGCAUUUAAAUCAUUUUUAUUAGUGAUUGCUUCAAGAUCAAGUAUUGAUGAUAAAGAUGAAUUAUUUGCUAAAAUUGUUGAUCCAGAGUUAUCUGCCUGGUCAGCUCCAGAAACUGAAAAAGGAUUAAUGGAUUUACAUUGGUUUAUGGAAAGAAUGGGUAUAGUUGAAAUAGCGUCAUAUUUUCAAAAAAGAGGUAUCACUGGUACUACUGACUUACUAGAAGCUAAAAUGGAUGAAGAAGGUAGAUUAUUAAAGAAUAGAUUAAAAGAUCAUUGGUCAUCUAUUUUCCCCAUCAGAGCCACCAGAAUUUUUAUUCAAUAUAGUAUUGAAAAAUUAAAUCAUGAUUCACCUGAAUAUUUGAAUUUAUUAAAAUUAUGGAAACCAAGAGUAAGACCUAUUAUUCCUCAUAUUUUACAAUUGUUAACUCAAAUUCAAGCUUAUCAUAAUCCUGAAAAUUGGAAAGAUUUACCUGAUGCAGUUCAAUCAUUUGUCAGAUAUAGUUGUAUGGAAAGAUUUUGGCAACAAGGUGUUUCAAUUCAAUCUAAAGAAACUUUUAUUGAAGAAAAUGUAAAAGCUGCUUUAACUUUAAGAGAUUUUGCUGAUUCUGUCGGGCAUUUAAUCAGAUAUACUCGAGAAUAUGCAUUUUUAACCAUUGGAUCUUUAUCACAAUUAGAAGAUACUUUAUAUGAAAUUCCAAAUAUUGCUACUAUGUUUUGGAAAGCUGUUGCAGGUGAUACUCUGGGAGUUACAUUACAUAGUUGGAAACAUAUGAUUAAUAGUAGUUUAAGAAGUGUGAUUAAAUUUUGUCCAGUUAAAUAUGUUGAUGUUUUUAUGGCUGAAUUAUUACCAAAAGCAUUUAUUGAUAUUGAUAAAUUAAUUGUUAAUCGUUGGGAAAAAGUUUAUCAAAAUGGAUUAAAAUUACAAGGUAAUGAAGAUGAUGAAACUUUAUCAGAAGAAAUGAUGGAAGAACAUAUGUUAAGACAAUUGACUGCAACUGUGGUAAGAUUUUUAAUGGAUGUUGUAAGUCAAUAUAAUGCCAAAACUAUAACUGAUACUCAAUUUGCAUGUCGUCGUUUAAUUAUUGAAAAUAAAGAAGUUAUGGCACCAUUUUUACAAAUUUGUUGUCAUAUUAUAAUGUUUAAAGAUACUAAAUGUUCAUUUAAUACGAUUUUAGUGGUUAGAAAUGUCUUACUGGAAAUUUUAUUAAAGGAUGAUGAAGUUGAUAAAUAUUUAUGUGAUAAUUUAAUGAAAAGUUUAUUACAUGUUUUAAUGGAUGAUUAUUUUAUUGAAACUCAUGGUGAAGCAGCUAUUGCAUUCACAACCUUAUAUUGCAGUUUAAGAUCUAAAAAUGAUUAUCCUGCCAGAGUUAUGAUUCAAUUCUUACCAAAUAUUUCAACUCAACAUGUGAGUAAUUUUGAAAAUUUAUUAGUAAGUUCAAAAUCCUUAAAACAUCAAAGAUCAGCUGUAUUAGAAUUAAUUAGAAUUGCCAAAGAGAAUCCUGAAGAUGAUGAUACGGAAAAUUCAGAUAAACGUAGGAAGCAAUUAGAAUCUUCAUCUGCCAUAAAGAAGAAACCAAUUGGAAUUGAUGUGAUGAAUGAUCCAUUUACUGAAAAUGCUCCAUUAGAUAAUUUAUUUGGAGAAGCUUAA